AUGCCCCAGGGGCCCUCGCCGCCUACUCGUGUCCGCGCGCGAUCCACCGAGCUGCUCAGCCGGCCUCGCGACGAUAUCCACGCAUCGAUGCCGUCGCCGCCUGCCGAACAGGAUUUCACUACACGAGCUGAAACAACCGAGGCGGAGCGCAGCUGCGUUGCGGACGAAAACGCCUGGACGCAUCCGCCAAGCAUCAUCUGUCCGCCUGGAGCGGACUCCUCCGGCUCCUCCUCGUCGUCCUCAGAAACCCCCACGCCAGCACGGCCGAGCUCGCCGGCGGCGCCGAUUAUGCGGACUAUCGCCUCCGUCGGAAGCAUGCUGGAGUCACUCCAGUCGUCAAAGGCCACCGUCGCGCCGGUCGCCAGCCUCAAGCUCUACGACGGGCUCGGCUCGGAUCAGGUUCGGGAGAUCACGGUGGAUCGGCUCAAGUGGGCCUUCUUCUCCCUCGGCCUCCGUGCCGGCGUCGCCAGCACGCUCUUCGUGCUGCUGGUCGGCUUCGUCAUCGCCGGCUCCGAGACUGCCAGCGUGGAGGCGAUCGCGGCGCUGUACUACCCCCUCUUCCGCGCGAUGCUCCUCCUCUCCUACUUUGGGAUCCUCUUCGGGGUGCUGCUCUUCGCGUGGAAGCGGUGCGGGAUCGACUACACCGCCAUCCUCGGCGUCGACGGCGGCCGUACGAAUGUCCACGCGGUGGUGCGCGCGUCCACCUCGCUGAUGGGUCUCAACUUUUCCGCCUUCGUCCUCUACUGGCUCGCCCUGCUCGGCAUCGUGCCGCACGCGCACGCGUGGCCCGCCUCCGCGCUGCUGCUGACCCUCGCCUACCUUCUCUGGCCGCUCGACCAAGAGCGGAAUGAGACGGCGCCGUUCGACCACAUGGCGGAGUGGAGCGACGCCGCCCAGCGUGCCGACUGCGCGCGCUGCGUCGGGCGGGUCCUGCUCGCCGGCCUCGUCCCCGGCACUGUCCUGCUCGCCGGCCUCGUCCCCACGACCUUCGCGUCCAGCUUCGUCGCCGACAUCCUGACGUCGAUGCCCAAGCUCUUCAUCGACCUGCUGCAGGCGGUAGUACAGCGGCAGGAGUACGCAGCCGGAUCCAACACAAGACCACCACGCCGGAGAGCACUGAGUCAGACGCUGCCAAAUACUGAAGGAUCCUAG